AUGUCGGUUUCUCCUUCCCCAAUCACUGCCCUCUCGGCUCCGGGCAAAGUCCUUCUCACGGGUGGCUAUCUCGUUCUGGACCGUAAAUACACCGGCACAGUGUUCGCACUUGACGCAAGAAUCCACAUUGUUGUUCAACAAUUGAGAAAGGGUCAUCGAAGGUUAGGAAAGUUGGGAGCUGGCACAUCUACUGAAGUAGCCGAUGAUGGGAAUACUGCGGAUGAUAAACAUAAUGAAAACACAAUUGUUGUUUGCUCGCCACAGUUUAUAGAUGCAGUGUGGGAGUAUGGCAUCCAGCGUUGCAAAAAUGGUGGCGGUAUUAAGGUGAUACAAAAGAAUGCUGGACCACACAAUCCGUUCGUUGAGACCUCGCUCAACUACGCGCUGACUUACAUCAGCUAUGUCGCCGAUUCCAAGGAUUUUGGGUCCCUGUCAAUCACCAUCCUCGCAGAUAACGAUUACUACUCAGAGACCGCUUUCUCCAAGGCGUCAGGACUACAGUCUGCCGGAAGAUUUGCGAAUUUUGGUGUCCCCCUUCAUGAGGCACACAAGACGGGUCUGGGAUCUUCCGCAGCUUUAGUCACGUCUCUAGUAUCUGCUCUGGUUAUCCAUCGAACAAUGCAACCUGACGACCUGGGCACUGCCCGUGACAAGCUCCAUAACCUGGCCCAGGCGGCCCACUGUGCGGCCCAGGGGAAGGUUGGUUCUGGAUUUGAUGUUGCCGCCGCUAUCUAUGGCUCUUGUCUUUACCGGCGAUUCUCCCCCCAUAUCUUGGAAUCCGUUGGUGAGGCGGGGAGCCCCGAGUUCGAAGAACGCCUCUUUGCGGUCGUGGAGGACGUCAACCCCCAACAUCCAUGGGAUACGGAAUGCCUCGAUUUUGGUAUGCAGCUGCCUCGAGGCAUGCAGAUGGUCCUGUGCGAUGUAGAUUGCGGUUCCCAGACGCCGUCUAUGCUAAAGAAGGUGCUGGAAUGGCGAAAACAAAAUCCACAGGAGGCCGAGCUUCUUUGGAAUGCUCUGCAGUCCAACAACGAGAGACUCUGUCUAGAACUCAAGCAAUUGGCGCAGAAUCCUAAUCAAGAGAAAUCCAAUGACUUCAGUGACGUUCGUAAUCUUAUCCAGCGCUCACGCAAUCACAUCCGCAGCAUGACUCGCAAAACCGGCGUCCCUAUCGAACCCAGAGUGCAAACCGAACUGCUCGACGCAGUCUCGGACAUCGACGGCGUUGUUGGUGGGGUGGUUCCCGGCGCAGGUGGCUAUGACGCGAUUGCGCUCCUCAUCCGGGACGACAUCGAGGUGGUCCGCAAGUUGAACGAACUCUUUGAAAAUUGGGAGAGUAAAGUGGAGGAUGAUUUUGGUGGCAAAAUCGGCAAAGUUCGUCUACUUGGUGUGAGGCAUGGCUCUGCAGGAGUGAAGAAUGAACCCGUGGAACAGUACACUGGCUGGGCAUAG